UGGCAGGCGAGGCCAGGGGAGAUGCAGUGAGGCGCGGGGCACUUUUCCAACAGCUCCUCCGCCGGGAGAGCCAGUGGCACGGCGCGGCGCGGCAGCGGCCGCUCUCCCGGCUCCCCGGAGGAGAAGCAGCCCUGACGCCAUGCAGCGAGGCAGGGUGCGGGCGGCGCUGGCGGCGCUGCUGGCGCUGCUCUGCGCCGCGCUGCUCCCGCUCCGCCCGGAGGCCGCCAGGGCGCACAAGCAGCGGCCAGCGCGGACCCGCAGCUGCGGCGAGCGGCCCGAGGAGCUGCUGGAGCAGCUGUACGGGCGGCUGGCGGCGGGCAUGCUCAGCGCCUUCCACCACACCCUGCAGCCCGAGCCGCCGGGCCGCCAGCACAACGCCAGCUGCCCCGCCGGGGCGCGGCCGCCCGCGGACAAGAGGGUCCGGCUCCCCGUGAACCUGCGCAGCGCAUCGCCCUGGGCGUACAGGAUUUCCUAUGAUCCCACGAGAUACCCCAAGUACAUUCCCGAAGCCUACUGCCUGUGCAAAGGCUGCCUGAUGGGGAUCUUUGGCGAGGAGAGCCUGCACUUCCGCAGCACCCCGGUGUUCAUGCCCACCGUCAUCCUGCGCCGCACGCCCGCCUGCGCCGGGGGCCGCUACGUCUACACCGAGGAUUACAUCACCAUCCCCGUGGGCUGCACCUGCGUCCCUGAGCAGGAGAAGGAAGCAGAGAGCGCCAAUUCCAGCAUAGAUAAGCAAGAAGUGAAGCUGUUGGUGGGCCAGAACAAGCCCUCAUCGGAAUGAAGAAUGUAUUAAAAGCCAUGUUUCAGUACUGGCCUCACAUCAUCACCUCACCACCUCAGGAAACUGCACUGCAGCAGCAAACGCACUCAGUCACCCUCUUUUUCUGCUUACAGUUAUUUCAGAUAUAAGAUGGAAAGUCCAAGUCAGAUCAUUAGAGGUGGCAUUUCAUUCAAAUUCUUUAGUUCAUGUAAACUCAUUGUUCAUUGCUGCAAACUCCAUAGUAGCUUUUUUUUUUUUUUUUUUUUUUUUUUUUUUUAAGAGCAGAACAUUUUAUCUUUGCUUAUUCACAGUAAAUUUUAGAAGAUGAUGCAACUGUAAGACAUGGUAGCUACUACUAUAGCAGGCUACUGGUUGUAGAUAUUUUUAAGGAAUCUCUUAUAUUCUACUUUUAAGUGCCCUUAUAUAAAAAUCACAUAGCCACCUAAAAAUCAACAGUUAAAAGGAAAAUUUCUCAGGCUAGGAGAGCCUCCCUUUAUACUGCAUAAACUCCAAGCUUUGCCUCUGAGCUGUUAACCCCUUGACUAAUUUAUACUCUACAGCAAGGAAACCUUUGCUGAGUUGGAGUCAUUCAUGAAGCAAUUUUCUAUGCACUUGCUAUUUUUAAACUUGCCAAAUUGCUAAGGGUACAAAGGUGUUGAGAAAAAACAUGCUAGAAUAUUGUAAAAAUGCAGACUUUCUUGAUGUGGCCUAAGUCUAAUUAACAGAAUUAUCUAACAGAAAAUAUCAAUUAGGAGAAACACAGUUUGGGUCCCAGUAAUUCUGUAUUUGAUUUCAUCCAUCACUGACUGCUUAACUUCCUUGUGAUGAAACUGUGUACCAUGCAGCUGAAAGGUCAAAACCUUUUUCAUUUUAGGAGAGGAGAUUCCCUGCUAAAAAGUAAGUCCCAAGGAUGGGCUUCACCCCAGGUGCACUGCAGGUGAGCAAGCAGGCCAGGUCUUAACUUCCAGAUCCUACAAGAGGCCGUUGAGUUGAGUCCCAGCCAAUCCAAACUUGUUAAAUCCAACUGGUUUUUACAAUUACUGUUACUAAUUUCUCCUUAUGCUACAUGUAACAGAUGAUCACCUGCAAAAGCUGAUGCUCUGUGGAUGGGCAGCCUUCCAUCUAUGCAGCCUACUGCUGAUGGAACUUGAUGGCAGGCCCUCACCAGAAACCCUGCAAACACCAAAACUUGCAUUUCCAGAAGAGGAGACUGAAGUUGACUAAGCCUAGUGAAUGAGAAUCAGGAAUGACCAAGCAUGCCUUGCACAAACAUAAUUCCUCAGAGGGCCACGCUUGCCAAAAUGGAUAAACCUCCGAAUGCACAACAGAGAGUCUCUUUCCCAGCUGAAAGAUCAUGACUGCAAUAUCUUUACAGAGUAAACAUCAUAAGCAGCAAUAUAUCUGCUACAUCACAAGUCUCAAAAUUUGCCUUAGUUCAUAGCAGAGAAAACCCCUACACUACAUAGGUGCACUCUUCUUUGGAGUGUUGUUGCGUGAAGAAUGGAUGGACUAUGAGCUAAUCAUAAUUAACAAGUUGAUUCUCUAAGAGAAUAAAAGUCAUAUGAUAACUCUGUGUCUUGGUGCAUAAUUAUUGACUGUGCUCUCUCUGACUCAGUCUAGCAUAACAGUAUUUUUGCAGCACAAUCUGUGAAACUUCUUACAAAGCCUAAAACAACUUUAAGAACUCCAGAAACGAAUAAAGAUUCCCAUCAUGAUGUUAGAUUGAAGUUUGUAGCUGUGUUUUUUGUGCAGGUGCUUUUCCUCAAUUCUCCUUGUCUUUAGAUCUGUGUUUCCUGGAUUGUGAUGCUUCUCUCUCAAGGGGAUCCUCCAAGUGAGUUCAAAGAUGGUCAUAAAAUGUUUAUACUACUCAGAGAACAGCUAAUUGCCUGGCUGUUGCUAGCAAUUAUAGGUAGUUACCUUUUCCCCAGAGAAUGUAAAUACUUGCAGCAGUUACAACCUCUUUUCCUUCCCCCCUAAUGUGGAGGAACGUCUCACCUUCUGAGCAGUGGGAAAUGGAAACCAGAGGGCUCAAAAGGGAGGGUGACCCUGGAGAAAAACUGGAAAAACACCACACUAGGUGAUGUUUCCAUAGCCUAAUGCCUUCCAGUUUCACCAUUACAUUGUGAGGUUUUUCUCCACAGAUACACUUAAGGCAGUGUGAAGUUAAACCUUCAGACUCCACAGCAUAGAAAGCAAAGUCUUCACCCUAACAGGCAAUAAAAUGACCCCAAACAACAACAGCAAAAUGUCCAACCAUGCAGCACCUGACAUUUUACUGAAUACCUGGAGGGGCUACCAGCUAAGUCCGGCCGAACACGGCCCUCCAGCAGAACUCACUGUCUGCCCACUUUUGUUACACAAAUUUGUCUGCAACAAAUUAGUUAUUAGAGCACAUGGAUAUAUUUGAUGUGGAAGGAAAAAAAAAAUCUCCUUUUUUUGCAAUUCUCUUAUCCUCCAGACAUAAGUUAUCGCAUCAUUUUGAGGUUUUCAAGUAACUAGAGUUAGAGGGAAUUCCUGGGAGGUGCAAGCUAAAAUCAUGGAAAUGGAACAUAAUCAGUUUCUCCAAUCCAGAAAAGUAGAUGCUUUAGCUUAUAGAAAGUUUCAGAUACUUGAUGACUGAAAGUAUUUGAGAACUGCAAAAUCUCCAUGAUCAACAGAGCGGUUGUGUUGGCGACCUCCUUGUCACACUGCAACAAGUGCAGAAAGCUUCCCAUGGUUCAGUCAUCUCUAUGUUGUUUUGUUCAGAAGCCCAUUUUCCCUUCUUAACCCUCCUUUUCCUCUGUGACAGACUUUUUAGCUGAGCCAAUUUGCUUCCUCAUCCAGCUUUCCAGUUAGGUGUCUCUUAAAAGCUGUUUAUGUUUUAGCACAAGCUAACUGUUUGAUAUUUUGUUAGUGAACCACUGUUUGUUAAUACUUAACAUCAAGAGCUGUUAGCUACAGAAACACUUACUGGCCUUCAAAAUAUCCUUCCAUAUAUCCUUUCUCUCCACAUUACUCAUGUGGGAAAGGUUGAGUGUUAAAUGUAGUUUGCAUUUGUUUGGAAUUGUUUUUUUUAAAAGAGGUCAUCACAUCAUGGAUUUAUAUCAGUUUCACUUCAAAUGUGGUGUGACAUUUUCCAGCUUCCAGCCCUCUGGUUACAGCUGCCGCAGCCUUGCCUUUAAUUUGCACGGGGGAGGGAGUGUUCACUGGAGUUGCUUCAAGGCUACACAAACUGUUGACAGAAGGCAGACAUGAAAUGCCUCACUGAACCAACUCCAGGCCCAGUAAAUGCAAACAAUUCAAAGCUAGAACUAUCUGGCAGCUGCAGCUGAUUUGAGAAAAUUUUUUGUUGUGCCAGGAAAAUCUUUUCCUUCAACAAGGUUGUCCCUGGAAUACAUUAGGAGCCACAAAACACAGAACAAUAUCCUUGGUAAAGAGAUUAUUUUCUUGUCUGUAGUAUAACUUAAGGUAGUUUGGAAAAUUCCUAUCAUUCAGGAAAGGCUGAAGAAAGCCUGAGAUGCUAGUUUUGGAUUUACUUGCCAGUCGUCACCUGAAGGUGUCUGUCUGAAUAGGUGAAGAUCUACAGCUAGAGGUAAACGUGGAAUUGCAUGGGGGAACAUGAACAUGAAAGCAGCAGGAGGAAAAGGGGAAAAGGCUGUGAUGUGCUCAGCAAGUAUAAACACCCAUCAAUCUCGCUGGGACUAGGCAACAGCCAUGACUGCCUGGAGUAGGUUAAAGAGGCUGUAGCACAAAUGACUGUGCAGUCAUAAACGCCACUGGAAAAG